GAGAAGAAUGAAGCUGCGGGAGACAAGACAGAUAACGUCGAUCCGACGGAGAGCAAGGACGAGGGCGAGAAAGUAGAGGCAGCCGCGACCGCAGAAGUAUCAGCAGCGCAGGAAACUGAUGGCCAAGAGUCUAACGAAGCGACUGCUGAUACGACGGCAAACGGUGGGAGAGCUGCAGAGGAGGGGGCAAACGAGGAGGAUGAGACCACCAAGGAAACUGAAGCAGAUGCGAAGGGUGCAGGGGGCAAGAACAAGAAGCAGCAGCAACAGCCAAAGAACGCUAAGAAAGGCGGGAAGAAAAAGAAAGGUAGAUGAAGUCAGAGAGAGGAGCAACCCCAGCCACUGGCGGCGAACAGGAGGGGCAGAUCGCUCUACGGUCGUGCUAUUUUGCUCUAUCAAUGAUUCAUCCGCCACUGCCACUGUAAUGGUUGUAUUCAUCCUCCUACUUGAGAUUGAGCCGUCGGCCUUGCUCAGAUGGCGUCUUCUGGAAUAGGUUGAGCUUACUCAAAGCAUGGGAAAACACAUGUCAAAGCUUGCGUGAUGGCCGAUUACUUGGAAUGGAUUUUCACCUUUCGAAAGCCUAUAUCAAUUUUUAAAGGCGUGGAGUUCAGACAGGAAUCUGGUUGUGAAUACGGUUCAAAGUAGCCUUGAUGGAUCAUCACCGGACUAGCAGCUAAAAUAUGAGGCUGCGCUAUCGUUGGUGCUCAGAACCUGCACAGCUGCAACAGCGGUGAAA